CUCUCGUUUAAAGAUGAACGAAAUACCGAGCCCGCAAAUCUUCAGCAGUUUAUAUUAAAAAAGUAAGAUGGCGGCCGCGAGAAGUUCGAAUGUUCUUGGUUUAGGUAGAAUUUCAUUGCUUUCUCUUGGAAUAACCACCGCAAGAAGUACCUUUUUAGCGCCUGUGAGUUCAUUUCCAACAGUCGGUCGUCAUAGCAUUCACCUGAGCUCACCAGUUGAUGGAAGAUACCAUAACACCGCGCGAAAGAUAAAGCUUCGCCGUUUUAAAUUAGACCAGUUGAAAGCAAAACUUGACAGAUUAGACGAAGAACAACGGCCAACUGGCUGUAUACUAUGCCCUAUGAGAGGUGAUGUGGAAAUUGACUACAAAAAUGUUCGCUUGCUGUCCCAGUUUGUCUCCCCACACACCGGAAGAAUAUAUGGACGUACUUUGACUGGUUUAUGUGAUAAAAAGCAAAAAGAAAUAGCAAGAGCCAUAAGAAGAGCAAGAGCUAUGGGUUUCAUGCCCGUGACAAUGAAGUACCUUGAUUUUCAUGAAGAUCCAAAGCUAUUCUAGCAGCAAUUUUGAGUGGCUUUUGAGUAAUUUUAAAAAGCUUGCAUCUGACUGUUCUAACUUGUAAAUAAAAUCAAACAUUGAUCCCUUGCAAUACAGUUUUCUUUUUAAGGUUUCUUGUUACCCCUUUUGACAAUGGGAUGGGAGACAGGCUAACUACAGAGUACUGACAGAGAUCAGACAAGGAUGCUUGUCGUAAGGGUACACAAAGAGAGAUUGAAUUAGUUGUCAAGAACAGAAAUUGACAUUUAACAAUCUCUUUUGUGUUGGACGUGGUUCAUGCUUGGCAGUCGACAAAACAAGCUAUUGCCUCAUUUCACAUCAAACCUGACCUCCCAAAUACAAGGUGAAUUCAUUGUAACAAGUCAAACCAAUGACCUGGUCAACUGCUCCACAACUGAGCUAUAGGAGACUACAGAGAGCAGGCAUACAAUUACUUUACUUACUAGUAUCAAAUGCGACAAACUUCCUGCAGACAUCUAAGAUUAGUUUUGUUGAUAAGCAAGGAUCCUUAUAAGUAAAGGGUUUUUAAAACAAUUUGAAGUAAAAACUAACGGUAAAAGCCUGCGAUGUUUCGACCGAACUUCAGUCAUUAUCAAGCUUAAAAGUGAAGAUGAAAAUUUUGCGUCAGUAUAAAUAUAAAACAAGUAAAAGUAAGUAAAGUAUGAAAAUAUAAAAAAGGGUGUUAAGAACAAUCAAAUGCAUGCAAGAAUAACAUAAUUAAAAUUGAUUAAAAGCUAAUUGAGUCUGACUGUACAUUGAUACUUAGUCUCAGUUCAUUAAUAAAAAACGUUUCAUAAAGGAGACAGUCAAACUUGUUCUUGCACUUUUUUAAGAUGGUAAAAUUCUUGCUAAGAUCCUUGGGCACAUGAGAAUGUUUCACACGAUAUGCAAGGAGCAAGAGGAAAUAAAUUGUGGCAAAUGUAAAGGUCAGUAGAAACAUGAGAACCAUGCGAAUAAGCAACAACAUGGAAAGGUUAACCAAGUUCUCCCAACAGAAGUCGAAACUAUAACCACGUAGGUUUGGCUUUUAUUGGGAAAGUGGCUUGUAUCAGUGUUUUAUUAUUAAUAUCCUCUAUUUUUAGAUGUCUGGCAAUGUUCUGAUUAGUCUGAAGUGUCAGCCAUCAUCCUUGCAGACAAUGUACUGACAUUUCCCUGCACUUUUCAAUGAAAUGCACUCUUAAUUUCAUGACCCAACUUAAGACUAUUUUUUUUACCCUGCUUUCAACUACUUGUUAUGUCGACAAAAAAGAGACCCUGAAAUGAAACUAGUUUUAAAAAAAUGUGCAGAUAAAAAUCUACCAAUCACAAUCCAUAUAAGUCACAUUCUGAACCUUUUGAAGUGAACUUUUGUUUAGUUCACGUGAUAUUAUUUGAAAGCACAGUGAAAUGAGGUCACUCUAAGGAACAUUUCCAACCAUGUGUAAAGCCUAUACCAAACAGAAACAAGUAAGAAUAACCAGAAUCAAAACUAUAAUACUCUUUUUUUGCCCCAAAACUCCCAUACACACCUACAAUCAAGGACAAAAGUAGUCGAGACACUACCAGAAAACAAACCUUCCCCCUUAGAGUGUAAUUUAUCCUAUCUCCACUCCUCAUAUUUCAUCCCCUUUCCCCUUUCCAGUGUUGUAACCACAUGAGAGAACAAAAAUUGACAAAGCCUGUUUCAACAUUGAUUAGGGGGUGGGGGUGGCUAUUGACUUAAAAGGUGUUUUCGCUAUCAAGGGAAAUGUGGAUUUCUGUUCAGAAAUGUUCCACUUGCAGAAAUGUCUUAGAGCAACACUUUUGUCCCUGAUUGUAGCAACUCAUAAAAUUUGAACCUGUUCAAAUCUUCCUUGACAAUCACCACGUUUUCUCUCAUAAUUCUCAUGCUUAUUGAGAGUUAAAGAAAUCUCCACUCCAAAUGACUCAUUCCCAUGUGGCCAAAGCAACAAAAUUAUGCAAAAGUAAUUAGAGAAAAAAAUGUGCACCAAAACAACUUCAAUGACUACUGAAAAGAUGUGCUCAGAAGAAAUCAAAUUUAACUAAAACAAGUAGAUAGUUAUGUUAAUAAUAUAAUACAUGGGUUUGUUUUAAUACUUCAAUCACAAAUUGUAUAAAACAUGCAAAUAAGUGACAUUGCACUAAUCUGUAUUUACAGGAAAAAUGGCACAUACAAAACUUCUGUGUACAAGUCUUUAAAAUUGUCCUUGAUUGCAAAGUAGAUUGGACAAUUGAGAGGCUAGCAAUUACACAUAGCCUUUCUUUCAAUUUGGAAAUGAAUCGUUUAAU